AUGAUAUACUGUAGUACGACAUGUCAAGGAAAAGGUGAAGAAGAAAUGGAGAAGGAUAACACUACCAAAGAAAUAAUAAGAGAAUUACAACAAGAGAUUAUAGAGAAGGAUAAAUAUAUUGCCUCUAUGAAAAAACGCUCAUUGGCUUUUGAGGAUGAUGUGAUUGAAAUUGAAAAAAAUUACAACGACGAGAUCCAGACUUACAAGCAUCAAAUACAAAAUAUAGAGCAACAACUAGCAUAUUUAUCCUCAAAAAACAGUACACUUCAGGAACUGACAACCUCACUUCUGAUGGAAGAACCUCCAGUUGCGAAUGAUAUUAGGGCCACAAGUUUCCAAAUGAAGACGAACGAUAUGUGUAAAAGCCAGCCGAUAGAACAUGAAUUCGACGAACAUCAAACAGCGUCGACAUUUGCCCACUGUACAUCUAUCGUUUCCCCCAUAGCCCAGUUAGACGGCGAAGUAGCAGCAGAAUCUGCAAGACAAACUCCAAAAGAAUUCGAUGAUGCACCAAUAAUCGAUAUAGUACCAUCAGGUGGAUCACCGAAACGUAAUGCCUCAGACAGCUGUCGGAAAAUCAUUAUAAUUGGUGACGAAUAUGCAAAAAGUUUCAGAAAAGUGUUAGAAUUAUACACCGACAUGACAAAGUUCUCCAUAAAAGCUCACGUUUAUCCCAAUUUAGAGUUUGUAGAUAUCACAAAAAACGUAUUUAACAUCACAAAAUCUCUUGGUGAGAACGAUUUUGUAAUCUUCAUGAUCAACUCUAACAAUAUAAGUAACACCCCAUCCUUAAACAAAGGUUUACAUUGCCUCUUACCUCUCGGUCGAGUAACCAAUCUUAUUUUUUUAUGCGAAUUGACCACAUCUGUCGACUAUCAUCUUAGAAAUAUAAUUAAUACUAAAGUCGAUAGACUCAGGAAACUAAAUAGAAACUAUUCUUUGAGCCUAUUCUAUGACAUCAGAGCUACGGGAUCAAAAAUGACAAUCAUCCAGCAUGUAAAGGAUAUUAUUUUUGAACAAUUAAAAAAUGUAUUACCUUUGAAAACUGUACAAAUCAACAUCCCCGACAAGUCUGAAAAACAGUUUUUUCUUAAGUAA